AUGAACACAACGCAAAGGGCCCGUGUGGCCCAAUUACCAGACAUUGCGCGGCUAUGUGUGCGGCAAUUGCACGGCGCGAAACGACCACCGAACCCCAUGGCCUUCCAGGGGCCCGAAGGCCACGGCGAGAACAUCUGGGUAUUCGCCCACCGCAGGACCGACCAAAUAAUCUACAGCUUCAAUUCCACGUUAGACGGAUUCCACGACAUGAAGCAGCUGCCCUUCAACGGCAAGAAGACCAAACCCGCCAAGCUCCGCAAGGACUACUGGGCGCCCAUGGCCCGCAUCGCCUUCCCCCGCGGUGCCGGUGCCGUCGGCGUCGCCGCCUUCCAGAAGCUGCGCGAGCUCAAGCACCUGCACGAGGUCUCCUGGGACGACACCCUCCUCUACAAGAAACCCAUCGAGUACACCGAGACCGAGAAGAAGGCCGUUGCCCGUCGGGCCGCCGAGGGCGAGGCCCCGCCGCUGUUCACGCGCACCAAGGCCGAGCGCGGCAAGGCGCUCAACGCGCAAAAGACAAACUCGAUCGCGGACAUCGCGGCCGUGCUGGGAGGCGCCGGCGCCGGCAACAAGAUCGUCUCCAGGGACGGCAAGGGCCCGAGCAGACGCGUGGAGGUCAAGGUCACCUGGGCCAACAUUCUGGAUGCGGGACACGCGCAGAAGUGGACGCGCAACGUCUCGCACUCGGAGAUGGUAGACCCUGUUCCCGAGACAGCCCUCCCCGCAGAGGCGGAAGCUGCGGCAUGA